AUGCCACACGGACCAGAAGUGGAGAGACUCGGCAGGCACCUUCCGGCCGUCGAUAGAGCUGCCAUGGCCCGGAUCGUUUCUCAAGAAGAGCUGAAGAAUGCGAAGCGCUUUGGCCCUUUUGUUCCCGUUUUCCAAAUCGACCCAGAGACAAUUGUCAAAACUGGCCAGACUGUGAGAUCAUGCGAAGCGGAAACCAUGAAGUUUGUCCGCGAUCGUACGAGCAUCCCGGUCCCGCAAGUCUACAAUGCAUACACCGACGACACAACUGGCCACGUGCGAAUUGUGAUGGAGUUUGUUGAGGGACGGAAUCUCGACCGGGCAUGGGAGACGUACACGGACUCUGAGAAGCAGUCUGUCGUCUCGCAGCUUCGCAAAUACAUGGACGAACUCCGCCAAAUCACGGGUUCGUACAUUGGCAGUGUCGACGGGUCAUGGUGCAACGAUCACUAUUUCGACAACGAACGAGGCGCAUAUGGUCCAUUUGCAAACGAAGACGAGUUUAACGAGGGUAUCGUCAGGGCUUUGCGAAAGUCCAAGCCAUAUGACUGGGUGGAAUAUUACUGCGACAUAUUCAAAGAGGUCAUGGUGGAUCACAAGAUCGUCAUGACGCAUAAUGACAUGGACCCUCGAAACAUCAUCGUCCAAGGAUCCAAGGUCGUUGCACUACUGGACUGGGAACUCUCCGGCUACUUUCCAGAGUACUGGGAAUACUGCAAGGCAAUGAGGCGACCUGACUGGGAAAGCGCGUGGGUUAAGGAGAGGGUUUUGGAGAAGAUUAUGAAGCCUUACAGGAAGGAGAUGUCGGUUAUUUGGAACACGACCGAAAUUAUAUGGUGA